UCAGGUACAUAUACUCAUAUUGAAAUUUUAAAUGUCAUAACUCGGAGAAAAAAUAUUACUUUGCGAUCUUGGUUUUAUUUUAUCCUUUAUAUAACAUUUAAUAUCAGAGACAGAGUUGGAUCUUGCAAUUUAGAAAAGUUUUCUUGAAAAGUAUUGCUAAAUUCAAUAAUACGGAUACUUGGUGUAGUACUUUUUUUGUGAGAAACCAAUAGAGAGAUGGCACACGUGCAUAGAAAGUAUGAAGUAAGUAGUGUGUCACAGAGAUAAGCAGAAAUAAUAAAACUGACAGUUAAAAUAGUACACUAUAGGCUGAAAUAAAAAUCUGUGGGAAUGGCAGAUAAAAUUCAAACAGAAAGUUUAUGUGCCGGAGUUCCGGCAGUGUGUUUAGUCAGCCUUCAACACAAAGAUAUAUACACGUGUGUUACGUGUCUCGACGACAUAAACUUGAAGUUCUUCUACGUGAUUUGAUAAAUGUUCGAUAUUAGUUUUACAAAACUGGUUUUCAUAUAGGUGCAAAGAAGAUAUAAAAAUGGCAAAUAACCAGAACGAACCUUCUUUUGAGGAAGAACCUAGAGAAGGAACCAGCAGUAAGACAGAACAAGUACAAGUUGAAGUAAAAGUUGAUAAAAAAAAAAAGCAAGACCUGGAUGUACAGGAAAAUUUAGUAAAUAUAUCAAAGAUUUUUGACUUCUCAGAUGGAGAUCUUCUUCGCGUAUUGAAAACUGUAGACAAGAAAGUUUUGAAGAAUCUUAGAUUGUGUUGCGAAAGAUUAUCAAUGCUGAUGCUGGAUGAAUCUCUCUGGAUUUUGGAUCAUCGCAAAGAGCCUAUGAUCCCGUCUCAAAUGUUGCCGUAUGAAAAUUUCUUAGAACCAUUAACACACAGUUUAGCAGUACGUGGUGAUUUUGAACGAAACAUUGACAAUAUUCUUGGACACUUGUUCUUUUAUAAACUACAAGAAAUAUGCCGGCUACUUAAGGAAUUGAUUAUCGAGGAUUAUUAUAUUAACAUACAUGAGGUUACUAUGCAACAAUUUCCAAAAACUAUUGAAAAACUUGAAUUAAAAAAUUGUAUAGCUUAUAGUGAUUAUUUUUGUCAACACUUUUCGUUCACUUCGUUUUCUGAAAUAUGUUUGUUUAUGCCAAAUUUAAGAUGCUUGAUCUUGGACAAUAUGAUAUGGCGUAUUACACCGAAGUCUUUGAGAGAUAUAGGUGAACUUACACAUCUUAAGGAACUUAGAAUAACUUCGUGUUUUCGUAUACAUACAUUUCAUCCAGAGAUAGAUAUACACACGUUUAAAUGUAAUUUUAAAACACUAGAGAUUUUAGACUUACAAAACACGGCAGUUGAAAUCAGGCUAUUUGAAUGGUUGUGUCAAAUUAAAACUUUAAAACAUCUAUAUCUACAAUGCCCUACAUAUUUAAAAAAAGAAUGGUCAGAUGAAUUAUUAGAGGACUUUAAAAAAUUAUAUUACAAACAAAAAUUUGUUCCGUUAAAAAUGUUUGAUAAGCUGCUUUAUGACUUUCACUCUAAAGUUGAAAGUCUAUCUGGCGAAAACAAAAUUGAAGAAAUAAUCAAUUACAGGAACUAUAUAUUCCAAGACUAUUUUAUGUCAAAUAUUAGUAAAUAUGUAAGUAGAUGUAAUAAUUUGAAGACAUUAUUUAUUAGACAUUAUUCGCAUGUUACUGAAAAAGAUAUCAACCUCUUGGCUUCGACACUACCAAAUUUGGAAAAGUUGGAUAUAACUGGUUGUUCUGUAACUAUUGAGGAUGUUAAACACUUUCGUUCACAAAGACUUAAUGUUGAAGUUGUCUCAUCAUUUGGUACUAUUUAGAAGAAAGGAAAAUUAAAGCGUUCUUCUUGAAUGUUCCUAGAUAAGUUUGUAGUCAAUGUGACGUAGAUUGUAACGCUAGAUAUGAGGGAUCGUAGUAUAUUCUGAUGAAAAGUAUUAUUAUUACUUGAACAUCUAAUUACAUAAGUAAUAAUUGUGACAAGACUAAAUAUUGCACUUGAAAAAAGUAAUUGCGCAAGAACACAAUUACGUAAUUGUAAUAAGUUUUAAGUUGCACUUAUACUUCUCACUUAACCUUGUAACAUGUUAAGAUAUUUUAAUAUGAGAACUUAGAAGCUUAUAUUUUUAAGAUCUGAGAGAAAAUAGUAAAAAAAAAAAAAAUUUAUACAGAUUUUUAUAGAACAUAUAGUUGACAAUCAAAUUUGGUUAUCUCCUCGUUGAUUUUAAACAAUUGUUUUUUUCAUGACGUAUCGACAACAGAAACGCAAAAUGCUUGAUGUUAUAGUUAAGAUCAGUUUAAUGUUAAUAAUGUUAUGAUUCUAUACUCCCAGACUGUUUUAUUGACUACUGUGAUAAACUGGUAAACUGUGAUAAACUUAUACAAUAAUAUAAGAUUUGUUUAUAAAUAUCGGUUUACAAGACUAAACUUUAUUAUUAAACUUAAUUGUU